AUGCAUGGCUUGGGAGUUGCAAUGCCAAUCCGUCAUGGUCUUGGGCAUCAUUUCUAUGGUGGCAUCUUUGAGCACAACACCAGUCUUUGUUUGGUCCGGCGCAAAUUGGAUGGCUUCGUCUCGCUUACCAAUGAUGAAGACCAUUUCAUGCUCUUUGCUUGGGGGAAUAGCCCAAAGAUUCCCAAGAGAGAGAUUCAGCUGUUGCUGCAGGAAGCGGCAGUGCCUUUGGUGGUUGAUGGCCAAGUGGUGCCUGGAAAUGAUACUGCUGUACCCGCGGCCGAUUUGCCACCCCCUCCUGCUUAAAAUAGUACAUGAUUAUUGCUCC